AUGUCAACAGCUAGAAGUCCAAAAUUGAGCCCAGCAGAUUCCAACGAUUCUGUUGACGAAGAAGCCGGAACCAUCCUGGAUCAAGUUGACAGUGUGGACGCAGGAAGCGACCACCAUACUGACUCCUAUAAUACGAAGCAGUCCUGGAAACAAGUAGCGUAUCUCUCCUUUACGUCUCUUGGAGCUAUUUAUGGCGAUAUUGGUACAUCACCGCUCUAUGUCUUGAAUACAAUUAAAUACCCCAACAGCCCUCCUACUAAACAGGAUAUAUAUGGUGGUAUAUCUGCAAUCUUUUACUUAUUCACAUUGAUCGUCGUGAUCAAGUAUGUUAUGAUUGUACUUUUUAUUGGUCCUAACAACGGCGAAGGUGGACAAGUUGCAAUAUACGCUAAAAUUGCAAGACAUCUAAAAAUCGGGCCAAAAGGUGUGACAAUCCCUGGUGGACCGGAAAAGGAUGAUAUGGUACUUUUGGCGAGACAAGAAACUUCCCUGAGCUUUCUUUCCAUGAAUAAACAAUUCAACGAGGUGAAAAAUUCUCCGAUGAUGAUCAAGUUCAUUUCAAAGCUCAUUUUAGGUUGCUGCUUCUUAGGGUGUGCUUUGGUUAUGUCAGAUGGCUUAUUAACUCCUACUACCUCAGUGUUGUCAGCAAUUGAAGGUAUCAAGAUUGCUCAGCCAUCAUUUCAUAGUUCAUUGGGAGUAUCGGAAGCAGUGUUAGUAUUCCUAUUUCUAAUGCAACUGUUUGGAUCCGCCAAAAUUGCCUUGGCAUUCGCUCCUAUAAUCUUCCUAUGGCUCAUUGGUUUAUUUGUUAUUGGUAUUAUCAACAUUGUCAAAUUCCACCCAGGAGUAUUUCAAGCGUUAUCCCCAUACUAUGCCAUUGAAUUGUUGAAACAUGGUGGCAUAGACGUUAUAGGAGGUGCCAUGUUGUCGAUUACAGGCGCAGAAGCAAUGUUUGCAGACAUUGGUCAUUUUGGUAGAUUGCCUGUCCAAUUUUCCAUGACAUUAUUUGUGUAUCCUUGUCUCAUAAUCACUUACUUGGGCCAAGCUGCAUAUUGCAUAGAGAACCCAGAAGGAAUAACAUCGCCAUUCUAUUUAUCAAUUCCAGGAGGAACAAAUGGUGGUUUUUAUUGGGUGAUGUUCGUGUUGGCGACUUUAUCCACCAUUAUUGCAUCUCAAGCAUUAAUUUUGGGAGUUUUCUCCAUCGUUGGUCAAUUAAUUAACUUGGAUUGUUUCCCUAAGUUUAAAAUUAUUCACGUAUCCAAAAAUUAUGCUGGAAAAGUAUAUAUCCCUAUGGUCAAUUGGCUAUUAAUGAUUGGAGUCUGUGCGACUACCGCUGGAUUUGGGAGCAGUGCCAAAGUCACAGCAGCUUACGGUUUGGGUAUAUCCUUAGAUUUCUUCGUGACAUCAAUCUUACUCAUAGUCUGUAUGAUUUAUGUCUAUCAAUGGAACUAUAUUAUACCGAUAAUAUUCGGCUUGAUUUUCUUGCCAUUGGAAGCAGUGUUGGUUAUCUCUAAUUUAAAGAAAUUCAUUCAUGGAGCCUGGUUUCCACUUUUAAUGGCAGGUGUUGCUUACUGUUUCCUAUCAUUCUGGAGAUGGGCCAGGUCAAAGAAAGUGGAACAAGAAUUUAAGUCUAGAGUAUCAAUUGGUGAUUUAUACCCUGAACUUAAAAGGGUACCAGUCGCUGACACUGUAGAUUUGAAGAAGUAUUCGCCCUUGACUCCGAACGUGCCUCCCAAUGGUGAGAGCAGAACUGGUAAAAUUGAAGGUGACGAAGAUGAAGAUGAACUCAAUGAAAAGAAUGAUGAAGAAAGUUUAGACUCCAGAACUUCAAUUGAUGUAGGGCAAGUUUUGAAAGAAACUGAGCCUGAAGUGAAGUCUCUUUCAGUUAAGUCCUUUUUCGGAAACCAUCUGUUGAAAAGAUAUGAUGGGGUUGCAAUCAUGUACAGCGAUGUGAUGCAUACCAUCAACUCUCCAAAUACAGUGCCUUGGCUCUAUAAAUUAAUGAUCCAAUCAUUCUCUUCUAUCCCAACGAUAUUCGUCUUCUGCGCUAUUAGAGUAAUAUCAAUUCCAAACGUUCCUGAAGAAGAGAGAAUAUUGGUGGCCAAUAUGAAGAUUCCAGGACACUUCAGAUGCGUUGUUAGGUUUGGGUUUUCAGAAGAAGUUAAGAUUGACGAAAAGCUAUUGGACAGAAUUCUUAAUUCAUUCCCGGAUACCAGUGAGCUUGUUAAAAGGUUUAAUAACAAUGGAAUCCUUGAGCAUACAGCAAACAUUCCAAUACUACACGUAUUUGAAAAUGAGUUGAUAAGGUCUCACAGAUACUCUGGAAAGGAGUAUGCAACAAGAAGCCCUCUCAAAAUUUGUCAAAGGUAUGCAAGGAAGUUUCUUAUCAAUCACUGCUUCAGUCCAAUCAACAAUGCACUUCAAUCCAAGGGACAAGUAUUGAAGAUUGAUGAGGAAACUCUAGAUAACCAAAGGAAAUUGUUCCUUGGUAGCGUAGUUAGGGUAUAA